UCUCAUCGAAACGCCGUCUACCCCGGCCGAUGAUGGUGAGCCAGUCGAGUCCACGGUGGACCCUCUGCCCGAUAAUCCGACUCCUAUCCCUGAAUUGUCGACCUCUGCCUCAUCGACUUCAGCCUCGUCCACGACCUUCGUCCCUGUCGAGCCUGAGCCAACAUCGACUCCCAGCGACACACCAGAUACCGUGCCUACAUCGCCCCCUGUUGAGACACCAGAGCCAGAGCCGACAUCUCCGCCUCUCGAGACCCAGGAACCGGUGCCAACCUCACCACCCGUGGAAGAGCCAGAGCCAGUACCAACAACACCAUCAGUGGCGCCGCCCCCCCCCUUCUCAACAGCAAGCCCUUCUCCUGCACCGACCACCGUCCCCAAAAAAGAGCAAGAUGCCCGCGACACGCUUCAGUUUGCCAAAGACAAGAACGCCCUGUACGACACCCUCCAGCCCGGCGACGCCUGCACAGACGUCAACGCACCAGCCUGCGUCCACGGUGAUCACUACAGGUGCACGGACAGCGGGACUUGGGAGCUCAGCGAGCGCUGUCCAGACGGCACUAGCUGUUUUGCCGUGCCAUCAGGCGAGCUGGACCGCACCGUUCGCGUCGGCUGCAUGGACGCGGAUGAAGCAAAGAAGAAGCUCGGAGAGGACGAGGAGCCCACCACAGAGGUGCCCCAACCAGAGCCAACGGACCCCGUGGCAGAGGAGCCCGAGGUUGUCACGACGACAAAGACCUCCACCAAAGUCAUUACGCGCACCGCUCUCCCAGCGCCCGUCGAGACUACGCCUACUCCUGAGGACUCGGGCGAAGAGUCCACGCCCGAGGCGCCUUUCCCCCCGGUACAACAAGAGCCCACGUCCGAACCAGUCGUGCCGGAGCCUGAGCCGACCCCUGCGCCAAGUCCCGUCGACGAGCCAGAGCCGUCCACCACGCCCCCCUCCAACACGUUUACGCAGGUUGUCGAGGAGCCAGACGACGGCAAGGUCAGGAUCACCCUAGUCGAUGGAGCCACGUACCCGCCCUUGCCGGGUGCCACGUCGUCACCAGAGGAAGAACAGGGUGCGUUGAAUAACGGCAGCGGUGGCAACGACGAGCAAAUACCUGAUUUUGAGACGACGGUGAUCGUGGGCGGCACGCCGACUGUGUCUCUCUGGUUCACCGUGACGUCCAUGGAGACAACGACGUCCACCGAGACGGAGACAGAGACACAGACAGCGACGGUCACAGCUACGCUGAUCCUUCCAGGAUAA